AUGACUCGACUACCACUGGUUUCUUUCACUAGACGUAAACUGAAAGUGAUGCUACUCGUACUUGUGACAGUUGUGGUGAUCAAUUACAUGAUCAAGUUUUAUGAAACGUCAGACAACGAUCGACCCUCAAAAUCCCGAUAUAUAGUGGCAAACAAUCAUUUACUUGCCAAUGAAGGUAGAGUAAUUGAUCGAUUUGAUCAGCCAAUCCGAGACAUUCUCAAUGGCGGUGAUGCGGACGAUGAUAACAGACGAGCGACGUGCACCCAAAAAUAUCCACAAGAAGCCGUCACUGAUUUUAAUACAUUUGAUCUAUACAAUGGCGGCAGGAAACGGCAAGAUAUUGUUGUUACUGCAAAGAGGCGAAAUAAGACGGGCACCGCAAGUAACAAGCUGAAUGUUUUCGUCCUUCCGAUGACUCACGUUGAUCCGGGUUGGUUGGAGACGUUCGACGCAUAUUCCAAAGAUACGAAUCAAAUUUUGGAUAAUAUGCUGAAAUUCUUGCGUAGCCAUCCAGAAAUGCGAUUUAUGUGGUGUGAAAUGGUGUUUUUCGAACGCUGGUGGCAGAGUUUGAAUUCCACAAUGAAAGGCGAAGUGAAACAAUUCGUAAAAUCUGGACAGUUGGAGAUGACGAGUGGCUCGUGGGUAAUGACCGAUGAAGCGAGUCCAUUUUUUCCGGUUACAAUCGACAAUAUUGUUGAAGGGCAACAGUUCCUAUAUGACCAAUUAGGAAUUAAAGCGAAAACAAUUUGGUCGAAUGAUCCGUUUGGAUAUGGCAGUACAGUACCGUAUCUUUUCACGAAAACCGGCAUUCGAUGGGCCGUUAUCAAUCGAAUUCAUCAUCCCACGAAAAACUACCUGCAACAUCUACGUGCAGCGCCGUUCAAAUGGCGACAAUAUUUUGAUAGUGGUCAAAGUGAUGUUCUAACUCAUCUUCUCCCGUUCACACACUAUGAUAUCUUGAAUAGUUGUGGACCAUCGCAAAGCACAUGCUGUCAAUUUGACUUCAAGCGACUCACACACUUCUCGUGUCCAGACCAAAAACCUGUGCCAAUUACACCACAAAACGUCCAUGAAAAGUUUGCUUUGAAAUGA